AUGCAUUGUAGUUCUUCGAAUUGUAAUGGGAGAGGGAAUACCGUUGCAUUUCGUUGCCAAUUUUUUAUAGUUUCAUUAAAUUCGUAACAGGAGAGAAAAGUAAAGUAUGGAAUCGGUUAUAGAUAAAAUCUGUUACUGUUUUUUAUUGUUACAACUUAUAUCUUCAGCUCAUGGGAUGAAAUGCUACCACUGUCAAUCUAAUCAAUCUGAUGAUUCUUGUGAGAGAGGACUUCCCAGUAUUUCAUCGAGGGAAUGCACUUCAGGAGAAGUUUGCGUAACAUAUAAAUAUGACGUUUUUCUCAAUGGCCAUAAAGCAGGGACAACAACGAUCAGAGGAUGCGAGAAGAAUAAAAACUAUUGUGGAUCAAUAGAAGAUCUGAUUAACAUACUUGUAACACCAGCAGUAGUUAAGGAGAGACAAUGUUACAUAUGUGAAAGAGACUUGUGUAACAGUGCAUCGAGUAUAUACUUAUCACCUUUAGUUGUAAUAUCUCUCUCUGUAACUUUUUUAAUUUUGACUUAAUAUAGGUUUACAAAAUAAA